GACUACAACGACGAAUUUGAUCUAAACCUCGAAGAACAAGUACUCUCUGGUAAUGUGAAAGUGCGUGGUAAACGUGCACAGAUCUCCAUCAGCCAUCUGUUAGACUUCUCCCUACCAGAGAGGGACCUGGAAACGCUAUCGAAACCGCAGAGAAGGAGAAGGAAAUUUAGCAACAAUGGCGAUGAGAGGAUACAUCUCAGUGGCCAAGAGUUUAUCAACGCCAAUUAUAAGUUCAUUGUGGAUGCCAGAGGUGAUUACAGAAGUCAGAUUGUUGAUCCAAAUUGCAUACUGGAUGAGAGUUCUAUUCUCAGGGUUAUAGUUCCAAGGGGAUACCAAUGCCCAAUAUGUCUAAGCGAGGAUAUUGUUGCUCCAAGAAUGAUUUCGUGUGGUCACAUCUUCUGUGCCACAUGUCUCUUGAGAUUCCUGGCCUCUGAACAAAUUGUCAAGAAGGGUUGUCGCCCAAGGAAGCUGAAGGACUGUCCUCUUUGUUCAUUGCCCGUAAGACCAGAUGAGACCAAGUUGGUGUUGAUAGACCCAACGCUUAAUGUUGAUAUCCCACAGAUAAACCAUAGUUGUGAACUGAAGCUCAUGGCAAGACCAAUACACCGGAUAUUACCUGUUCCAUAUGAAAUUGAUGUCAACAGGGAUAGAUUGGGAAAUGUGCCCUGGUACUGUGAUGCUGAUAUUUAUCCCUACGCCAGAAUCAUGAAAGGUGGUUUGAAAUUUGCUGCAGAUGCAUUGGAGACUGAAAGGGUUUCUAUUAAGAUCCAACAAGAAGAAGAUAAACUACUGUACAAUAACGAUAAUGAUACUUAUGUCGAUAUGGCUAUUGCGGAUAUUGAUUUUAAAUUGGAACUUUUGAAGACGAGUUUUGAUAAUAACUAUGAUGAACCAUCUCAGAUAUCUAGAUCUAUGGAUGAACUAUCGAUCCAAAACAAUGAACUGAACGAAUCGAAUACCUUCUUUUUCUAUCAGACUGCAUUCAACAACAAAACAAAGUACUUUCUUGCCCCACUUGAUGUGAAAGUGUUGGUUGCAGCCUUUGGCACAUAUUCCCAAUUCCCACCAACGCUGGAAGUUAUCGUGGAAAAUGUCAUUUAUGGACAUACGGUGAGUCCAUCAAUUUUGAAGAGAAUGAAAUUCUUAUCUCAUUUACCUUUAGGCACUGAGUUUGCCCUACUAGAGAUCGAUUGGAAGCACUCGAUAGAUCCAGAUGUGUAUCGACAGUUUGCCAAAGAACUACAAGGAAGAAAGAGAAAGCUUGUACAAAGGCUCAAGAGGGAAGACACUGAUAAGAAACGAUACGAAACGGAACAAGAAGAAAGAGCCAAACAAUUUUACCUACAAGAGAGAAGCGAUUGG